AUGAAAGGAGACCGGGAUAAGGAUAACAUCCACGCCCAUGAACAAAAUGCUGGCUCUGAUGAAGAGUACGCAAACGAAGCCACCAUCAACAACCAACAAGUUGCCUCCCUCAGUACCAAGAAGGCACUAUGGGCUUAUCUAAUUCUGUGCUUUUCUACGGGCCCAACCAGUUCCAUGGCCUUCAACUAUGUCUCGGCAGCUAUCCAGUCUGCAGCAAACACCGUCGGCCAUCAGCCGGGAUCAGACAAGCCCUGCGCUCGCCGAGGGCAUAUUAAAUGCUUGGUGAAGUUCGGAGCAGGAGAGAUUGACUAUGUCAGCUAUGUUGGCACUGAACGAACCAGGCUCUAUCUACGCUCGAUCGGUCGCGCAAUGGAAGGCAUUGUCACGAUCAUGACUGCUGGUGUCGCAGACUACUCUCGAUAUCGCAAAACUAUGAUGUUGUGCUCAAUUUUCCUAUUUGGCGCGCUGGCGCUGCCAUUUGCUGGUCUAACCAAGCCCGACUAUAGCCACCUCAAUGCACUCGCGACCUUGUACUGCUUGCUGACUACGGUGCAAGGCGUAUAUACCGUUAUUGAGGCAUCGUAUAUCCCGAUCUUCAUGCGCUCGGUUGGGGGGUUGCACUCUGCAUCUCCAGUAGCAGAUCCCGAUACAAAGCGUACAUGGAAAAAGGGCUUCACUGUUAGUGUUCUGGCAUUGGUUGCCAGCAAUGUCGGAGGAAUUGUUUCCUUGCUCAUCGGUGUUAUCCUUUCUUACGGUAUCGGCUCGUAUGUGCAAGUGGGUUACUUCAGUUACCUCCUCGCCAUUACAAUUGCCGGUUGCAUUACCAUUGUCUUCGCGACCAUUGGCCAAUUUCUCCUCCCCUCUGUUCCGGGUCAAGAGCGGCCCGAGGGCCAGAAUCUGUUGCUCCUGGCCGUGAAAGGGUGGAUCCGCAUGAUCAGGUCAGCGCGUCACUAUCCUGAAGCGUUCAAGUUCUGCAUUGGCUGGAUUCUGUGGAACACCGGCUACAGCAACUUCCUCGGACUGACUCAGUCGCUUUUCCUGGAGGUCACUGGCAUUGCGAGAGGCUCGGGCGUGUAUCAAGUUUGGUCCUUUACCAACGUGAUCUUUGCCUGCGUGGGUAGCUUAAGCUUUCUGUUUCUCUAUCCUCAUGUCCGUGUCCCCAUCAAAAGCUGGGCAUACUUCUUCUUGAGCGUCAACUUCCUGUGCGUCCUGUGGGGAUGUAUUGGGAUCAGCAACCACGUCACGAUCGGGUACAAGCAUGCCGCCGAGUUCUGGGUGGAACAGGUCCUCUUCAUGAGUACCAGUAGCGCCCUGCGAUCCUAUAACAGGACGGUCUUUGCGUCACUCAUCCCAUGUGGAUCUGAAGCCCAGUUCUUUGGUCUGGAAAUUACGCUAGAUCUUGCUACUGGAUGGAUUAAUCCCCUCGUGCAAGGAGUGAUUCAAGAUCAUACGCAUAAUCUACGGUUUCCCAUGAUUCCUAAUGUGUUACUUAUUUUUGUGGCGGGCUUACUGUACAUCUGGGUGGACAUUCCGAAGGGUAUCGAAGAUGCCAAGGUGCCGUUGAGCGAGGUGAGAGGAAGCAACUAA